AUGGAAGACAAAAAUAGUAAAGUCGUCCUCAUAGAUAACACCGGGUUUAGUGUAGAAAUUGAACCGACCACAUAUCUUGAAAAUAACGAUGUGAGCAUCACCCCGCAAACGAGUCAAAGGGGUAGUUUUGGAAGUGAUUCGAGUACCAAGGAUUUAACGGGCUUCAAUUACGUUGAAAUGCCAGAAAAAAUGUGCGGUGAAUACAACGAACAGUGUAUCAAUCUAGAUCAAUGUAACGAUUACAAUUGUUAUUACGAUUACAAUCUGAAUCAACCUCCAUCGCAGCAGCUCAAGCCAGAAGAAUAUGAUGAGCUUGCCAAUUGGUACUUGGCGCACUUCGACUGUGACGUCUUCAAUAACGUGCAACAAAAGGAUAAGACUCUAGAACACAUAGUCACCCAAGAGCCUCUUAAGGUCAGUACUGCGCCAGUUCUACCUAGCCAAAUUUCGCCCAAAAAGUCCACCAAAAAGACCCGUACCAUCUACACGAGCCACCAGCUGGCAGAAUUGGAGAAGGAGUUUCAGGCCAGCAGGUACUAUACAAACAGACUCAAGAGAAGCCAAAUGGCCGGAGCCCUGAACCUAUCGGAACGCCAAAUCAAAGUAUGGUUUCAGAACAGGCGAAUGAAGUGCAAGAAGGAGCUGAAAGCCAAGAAUAUCUCGCCGUCUUCCACCAAUCCCAAUUCCCUAGAUUCGCCCCAGGGUACUGUCGGCGCCCUCAGGACGAGGUGUAACGAAAGAGUACCUCCUUCUUACUCCGAGUACGUUCCAGUCAAUCAUCAGCAGCUCACGCACCCCUACGGCGCAAGACCGACUCCCUACGAGUCCAGAGGAUACAACAACUUGAAUAGGGAUUGCUAUUCUGAGGCAACUAUGUAUUCCCCAAUGAAUAAUACGUUGAAUCCACCUCAUAACCCUGGUCCUGGAAAAAUGUAUUUGCCCAUUCAUACAGCGAAGGGGAACAUGUCGUUUGGACGGUUGACUUGGGAAGUACCAAAUAUUUCUGCCCCCAACAUGACACUCACAGAACAGGUGAGGAAUUUGGUCAAUGAAAACUGGCUGAAGCACAACACACCCCCAAAUUAA